AGCAGUCAUGUGACUCUCGAGGUUGCCGCCAAACCUGUCGAGGCCGAGGCCUCUUCUGAAGCCGGAGACGCGACCGACGGCAAGAAAAGCAAAGGAAAGGAAAAACCACAGCUGCUUGAUAAACUGUUCAAAAAGAAAGCGGGCCAUGCAGCUGAUGAGGAUCAGAAAAACCAAAGAGAGAUCUUAAGUGAGAAUGGGAUUGCUCCACAGAAGGAGGCUGCAGACCUGAAACCGGGACCAGCGACUGGGACUCCGCAUCCACGUCCAGAGGAAGAGAACGCUCCCGCAGCCGCCAGCAGCACCAGUCCGCCCACAGAAGAGGAGGCUGAAGAUAAUCCAGUUAUGAACUUCUUCAAAACACUAGUGACCCCAACAAAAACGUCCAAAAAGGAAACAGCAGCUCCUGAUGCUCCCAAGGAUCAGCCCCCGAAGGAGACCCCACCCACAGCAACCACCACUGUUGCACAAGUAUCAGAACCGCCUGCUGCACCCAAAGGAAUGCCCGCCCCACCUCCACCUCCCCCAGAGCCUCCUAAAACCGAGGCCAAAGGAGAAGCAGCCGUCAAACCUGCGAAGGCCAAAGACGAAUCCAAGGCAGCAGCGAAAGAACCGCCGUCCACAAAGGGGAAAUCUGCCACUCUGAGUAAACUGUUUCGCUCAAAGCACACAGAAGACAAGCCACAGCCAGUGGUGGAAGUCGAGAAGGCAGACCCUUCAAAAUCAGCCACUCUGGAGGCUGCUGCGAAGCCAGAACCACCACCGCCUGCGCAGGAAGAAAAGAAAAGCUCAAAAACAUCCUUCUUCUCGGCCUUCAAGCCCAAAGUACUGUUAGAUCACAUGACCACUAAAGUCCAAGCAGCCUCCACAAGUGGAGUACAGCUCCUCAGGAAAACUACUGGACUGGCCGCAGAACCCAAGAAGACUGCAGCGAGUCCACCGGCAGCAGCUGAGGCAGCUGUGGCAGUUAAAGCCAAGGAGGAGCCCAAACCUGCAGCCAAGUCUUCAGAAGCAGCUGCAGAAACCAAACCGGCGUCGGCGGUCUCUCAGCCCGCAGACGAUGCAGCCAGUGUCCCCAAAAAGCUGGAGAAGAGGAACUCCAUCCAGCUGUUCUUUAAGAAUCUGGGUCAGAAACGUCACUCCACAGACGCCGGGGUCCAGACGGAACCGGCCGCUGCUGCUCCAGCAGAAAAAGCCAAAUGAAGCCUCUCUGUCUGUACAUACGACCCCACUCCACCUUUAUCUGUGCAGAAUUGACUCAAUCUGUAUUUCAGUGUUUUCUCAUUUAUUUAACUUCCUGUUUGAGAAAUAAAAGCAGAGAGGAGGCUAAGCUGAAGGAUGUGUCGAAGGCUAAUUUUCAAGAGUUAUAUAUAUAUUUUUGAUCACAUAGAUAUCUGAACAGGUGUAGGAAUGUGAGCACCAUUCUUCCUGUGUUUAAUAACACUCAUGGUACUUAUAUGCAAUAGAUGCAGCUGUGCUUUGCUUGAAGGAAUUAACACAGAAAACUAAAGAAUUCCUCUUGGGUUUGCAUGUUUCCUGUCCAAACCAGGAAGUGCAUGCAGUUAAAAUCUGUACUUCAACAUCAAGUUAUAAAUACUAAUAAACCGUUUUGUAUUGUCCAAAUGCUUUUUAAGUACAUUUUAAAAACCUGUCAUUGGCAAAAAGUGUGUCUUUGUGUUGUGGUUUGCAUACGUGUCAAGAAUUUAAUGAAAGCACUUUGUGUCGCUUCUUUUGAAGUCUGUUGUUAGCUCUCUGCCUCAGACUCGUGUACGGUUAAUUUGAUGCUUCUGCUGAUCCUCCACGUGAGCCGGAUUCUGUAACUUCAGGUAUUUCCAAGACAAUAAACAUGCUCUGCACUCGUU